GUCCACAGGGAGCCCGGGCCAGCAGCGGCCAUGGCUUCGCGCAUCGGGCUGCGCAUGCAGCUGAUGCGGGAGCAGGCGCAGCAGGAGGAGCAGCGGGAGCGCAUGCAGCAGCAGGCCGUCAUGCAUUACAUGCAGCAGCAGCAGCAACAGCAGCAGCAACAGCAACAACAGCAGCAACAGCAGCAGCAGCAGCUAGGGGGCCCACCCACCCCGGCCAUCAACACUCCUGUCCAGUUCCAGUCCCCACCACCCGUGCCUGGGGAGGUGCUGAAGGUGCAGUCCUACCUGGAGAACCCCACCUCCUACCACCUGCAGCAGUCCCGGGACCAGAAGGUGCGGGAGUACCUGUCGGAGACCUAUGGGAACAAGUUUGCCGCCCACAUCAGCCCAGCCCAGGGCUCCCCAAAGCCCCCGCCCGCUGCCUCCCCAGGGGUGCGGGCCAGCCACGUGGUGUCCUCCUCGGCCGGCAACAGUGCACCCAACAGUCCGAUGGCCAUGCUGCACAUCAGCUCCAAUCCUGAGCGGGAGUUUGAUGAUGUCAUCGACAACAUUAUGCGUCUGGACGAUGUCCUGGGCUACAUCAACCCCGAGAUUCAGAUGCCCAACACGCUGCCGCUGUCCAGCAGCCACCUGAACGUGUACAGUGGGGACCCCCAGGUCACAGCCUCCCUGGUGGGUGUCACCAGCAGCUCCUGCCCUGCUGACCUGACCCAGAAGCGAGAGCUCACAGACGCAGAGAGCCGGGCCCUGGCCAAGGAGAGGCAGAAGAAGGACAAUCACAAUCUAAUCGAAAGGAGACGGAGGUUCAACAUCAACGACCGCAUCAAGGAGCUGGGCAUGCUGAUCCCCAAGGCCAAUGACUUGGACGUGCGCUGGAACAAGGGCACCAUCCUCAAGGCGUCGGUGGACUACAUCCGGAGGAUGCAGAAAGACCUACAGAAGUCGCGGGAGCUGGAGAACCACUCCCGGCGCCUGGAGAUGACCAACAAGCAGCUCUGGCUCCGCAUCCAGGAGCUGGAGAUGCAGGCCCGCGUGCAUGGCCUCCCGACCGCCUCCCCGUCGGGUGUGAACAUGGCCCAGUUGGUCGAGCAGGUGGUGAAGCAGGAGCUGCCCGGCGGCGAGGAGGGCCCGGGAGAGGCUGAGCUGCUGGGGGCCGAGGUCCCUGAUCCCGAGCCCCUCCAGGCUCUGCCCCCCCAGGCCCCACUGCCCCCACCAGCCCAGCAGCCCCAGCCCCAGUCCCCCUUCCACCACCUGGACUUCAGCCACAACUUGAGCUUUGGGGGCGGGGGCAACGAGGGGCCCCCGGGCUACUCUGAGCCCCUGGGGCCCGAGCACGGCUCCCCAUUCCCCAGCCUGUCCAAGAAGGACCUGGACCUCAUGCUCCUCGACGACUCACUGCUCCCACUGGCCUCUGAUCCCCUCUUCUCCACCAUGUCCCCCGAGGCCUCCAAGGCCAGCAGCCGCCGGAGCAGCUUCAGCAUGGAGGAGGGCGAUGUGCUGUGACCCUGGUUGUCCCCAGCCGGAGGGGUGCAGGGGCAAGCACGGGAGGUGGGGGGGCCCUGGAGGGUCAGGGCCACCUCCCUCCCUGCAGACUGCACUGUGUGUGAAGUAGCCAGGAGCCCGCCCCAAUGGCCCCCUAUUUGGACUUAGUGCCCACCUGGCAGCCUGUGGGGUCUGGAGAUACCCCUCCCCCAGCUCAGUGCUCCCUAGGGCCACCCUCUGGGAGGGGGUGGGCAGGGGUAGGCCUUCCACCUGACUGCCAACUCAAGAAGGGGAGGGAGGGAGGAGACAGGGUGUGCUGGAGGUAAGAAGAGGUCCUGGGGACACAGCGAGGGGAGGGCCCAGCUUCCUGAGCCUGGCAUCCACCUCCCCAGCCCCCGAAGAAGGCUGCGUUGGCACAGGGGUUGGGGAAGUUCCUUUUCUGAGGCAGUGACUGGCCCGGGGUGCCCAGGCGUACCUUUCUGGGACACAUAUUGCAAUAAACCCCUUCCCAGCCCGGUAUUCUCCCCUCCCACGGGUGGGGCACCCCACCCCCCUUUGGUGCUAACAGCUCUCCACCAGGCGGUGUGAGGGCAGGGGGGCCUGGACAGACGGUGGGCUGGGCCGGGGUGGAGCGAGGUCUCGGCUGGAAGAGCAGCUCCCCUCCUUCGUGCCUUUAGUAAACACUGUGCUUUGUA